CAGCCAAGUUGGGAUGGGGGCCUGCAACUACUGCCCGGCGCCCGAGAGGCCACCUGCGUGCUAGAGACAAACUUUUGUGUCCUCGGGUUGCCCCCCAGGACUAUGAGCGACUGAGAUGGAGAUGUCUGCCCCAGCCACUGCUGUGGAGAAGAAAGAAGCCAAGAGUGGGACCCUGGAGGGCAGCGGAUUCCCCGAUCCGAGUAAAAAGGCCUGUCCUCUUGCUGUGGCUGCAGCAGCUGCUGUCGCUGCCCAAGGAGUGCCGCAGCACCUCCUACCACCAUUCCACGCGCCCUUGCCGAUUGACAUGCGACACCAGGAGGGAAGGUACCAUUACGAGUCUCACUCUGUCCACAGCGUGCACGGGCCUCCCACCCUGAGCGGCAGCCCCAUCAUCUCUGACAUCUCCUUGAUCCGGCUUUCCCCACACCCUGCUGGCCCUGGGGAGUCCCCCUUCAAUGCUCCCCACCCCUACGUGAACCCCCACAUGGAGCACUACCUCCGAUCCGUGCACAGCAGCCCCACGCUCUCCAUGAUUUCUGCAGCCAGGGGCCUCAGCCCUGCAGAUGUGGCCCACGAGCACCUUAAGGAGAGGGGACUGUUUGGCCUCCCUGCCCCAGGCACCAACCCCUCAGACUAUUAUCAUCAGGUGACCCUCAUGGCAGGCCACCCUGCACCCUACGGGGACCUGCUGGUGCAAAGUGGGGGUGCCACCAGUGCACCCCAUCUCCACGACUACCUCAAUCCUGUGGAUGUGUCGAGGUUCUCCAGCCCGCGGGUGACGCCCCGCCUGAGCCGCAAACGGGCACUGUCCAUCUCCCCGCUUUCAGACGCCAGCCUCGACCUGCAGCGGAUGAUCCGGACGUCACCCAACUCUCUGGUGGCCUACAUCAAUAACUCACGCAGCAGCUCUGCAGCCAGCGGCUCCUAUGGGCACCUGUCAGCGGGCGCCCUCAGCCCAGCCUUCACUUUCCCUCACCCCAUCAACCCCGUGGCCUACCAGCAGAUCCUGAGCCAGCAGCGGGGUCUGGGCUCAGCCUUCGGACACACACCACCCAUGAUCCAGCCCUCACCCACCUUUCUGGCUCAGCAGCCUAUGGCCCUCACCUCCAUCAGUGCUGCACCCACCCAGCUCAGCAGUAGCAGCAACUGUCUCAAUGAUCCCAGCCAGAACAAGCAGAACAGCGAGUCAGCCGUGAGCAGUACUGUGAACCCCAUCACCGUUCACAAGCGCAGCAAGGUCAAGACCGAGACUGAGGGCCUGAGGCUGGCCUCUCCGUUGGGACUGACACAGGAGCAGCUGGCUGACCUCAAGGAAGAUCUGGACAGAGAUGACUGUAAGCAGGAGGCCGAGGUAGUCAUCUAUGAGACCAACUGUCACUGGGCAGACUGCACCAAGGAGUAUGACACACAGGAGCAGCUGGUGCACCACAUCAACAACGAGCACAUCCACGGGGAGAAGAAGGAGUUCGUGUGCCGCUGGCAGGCCUGCACGCGGGAGCAGAAGCCCUUCAAGGCACAGUACAUGCUGGUGGUGCACAUGCGGAGGCACACGGGCGAGAAGCCACACAAGUGCACGUUCGAGGGCUGCUCCAAGGCCUACUCUCGCCUGGAAAACCUGAAGACACACCUGCGGUCCCACACCGGUGAGAAGCCAUAUGUGUGUGAGCACGAGGGCUGCAACAAAGCCUUCUCCAAUGCCUCGGACCGCGCCAAGCACCAGAACCGCACCCACUCCAACGAGAAACCCUAUAUCUGCAAGAUCCCAGGCUGCACAAAGAGAUACACGGACCCCAGCUCCCUCCGGAAGCAUGUGAAAACAGUCCAUGGCCCGGAUGCUCACGUCACCAAGAAGCAGCGCAAUGAUGUGCACGUCCGUGCCCCCCUGCUCAAGGAGAAUGGGGACGAGGCCAGCACAGAACCCGGUGGCCGAGGGUCUGAGGACAAUGCUGAGGCCAGCAGCACCAACCAGGCCAUGGAGGACUGCCUACACAUCAAAGCCAUCAAGACAGAGAGCUCUGGGCUGUGUCAGUCCAGCCCCGGGGCCCAGUCGUCCUGCAGCAGUGAGCCCUCUCCCCUGGGCAGUGCCCCCAAUAAUGACAGUGGCGUGGAGAUGCCGGGGACGGGGCCCGGGAGCGUGGGAGACCUAACAGCGCUGGAUGACACUCCCCCGGGGACCGAAGCCCCAGUUUUGGGUGCCCCCUCCGCUGGUGGCCUGCAGCUGCGUAAACACAUGGCCACCAUGCACCGGUUCGAGCAGCUCAAGAGGGAGAAAUUCAAAUCCAUCAAGGAUUCCUGCUCGUGGGCCAGCCCGGCUCCACACACUCGGAACACCAAGCUGCCUCCCCUCCCAGCAAGUGGCUCCAUCCUGGAAAACUUCAGUGGCACUGGGGGCCGCGAGCCAGCGGGGCUGCUGCCCAACCCACGGCUGUCCGAGCUGUCUGCAAACGAGGUGACCAUGCUCAGCCAGCUGCAGGAGCGCCGGGACAGCUCCACGAGCACCGUCAGCUCAGCCUACACCGUGAGCCGUCGCUCCUCCGGCAUCUCCCCCUACUUCUCCAGCCGCCGAUCCAGCGAGGCCUCGCCCCUGGGCGCUGGCCGCCUGCACAAUGCCAGCUCUGCCGAUUCCUAUGACCCCAUCUCCACUGACGCGUCCCGGCGCUCAAGCGAGGCCAGCCAGUGCAGCGGCGGCGGUUCGGGGUUGCUCAACCUCACACCCGCACAGCAGUACAGCCUGCGCGCCAAAUACGCAGCCGCCACCGGCGGGCCACCGCCCACGCCACUGCCGGGCCUGGAGCGCAUGAGCCUGCGGACCAGGCUGGCACUGCUGGACACGCCCGAACGGGCACUGCCCGGUGCCUGCCCGCACCCACUGGGACCACGGCGUGGCAGCGAUGGUCCUGCCUACAGUCACGGGUAUGGCCAUGCAGGGGCUGCGCCUGCCUUCCCCCACGAGGUGCCGGGGGGUGGCGCCCGGCGGGCCAGCGACCCUGUGCGGCGGCCGGAUGCCCCAAAUCUGCCGCGGGUGCAGCGCUUCCACAGCGCCCACAAUGUGAACCCAGGCCCGCUGCCACCCUGCUCGGAGAGACGAGGCCUCCGCCUACAGAGCCACCCGAGCUCCGACGUCAGCCUGGCCCACAGCACCUACUCGCCCAGGCCACCCAGCAUCAGUGAGAACGUGGUGAUGGAGGCCAUAGCCGCAGGGGUGGACAGCUCAGGGCCGGAGAACGACCUGGGGCUAGCGGAGGACGACCUGGUGCUGCCUGAUGACGUGGUGCAGUACAUUAAGGCACACACCAGUGGCGCCCUGGAUGAGAGCACAAGGCAGGUAUAUCCCACGGAAAGCACUGGCUUCCGGGAGAACCCCAAGCUGCCCAGCCCCGGGUUGCACAGCCACCGCAGGCUAGCAGCUGCUGACUCCAACAUGAGUCCCUCUGCCCCUGGCCUGGGAGGCUGCCAGCUGAGCUAUGGGGCACCCUCCAACCUAAACAAAAACAACAUGCCAGUGCAGUGGAAUGAGGUGAGCUCUGGCACAAUGGAUGUCCUGCCCAGCCAGGCGAAGCCUCCAUCCUUUGCUCAUGGCAACUUAGCUGUAGUGCUGCAGAAGCCAGCUUUUGGCCAGUACCCAAGCUAUAGUCCACAAGGCAUGGAGCCAAGCCCCAGGGGCCUGGACAGCACUCAGCCACACCUUCAGCCCCACAGCGCAGUCCCCAGAGUGAAUUACGUGCAGCAGCUCCAACAGCCAGCCCCAGGCAGCCAGUGCCUCAGCAUGACCACAGCUGUGAGUCCCCAUGCCAACUACAGCCAAGCUCAGCCCCAGCUGAGCCCUAGCACCAUCAAUGGAGCCUUGAACCAGUUUCCCCCAUCCUGCAGCAACAUGGUGGCCAAGCCAGGCCACCUGGGGCUUCCUCAGCAAAUGGAAGUUGCCUCCAACCCCACUAUGAUGGGCAGCCACCACCGGGAACUGGGGGUCCCUAAUUCAGCCCUGGCUGGGGUGCUACCACCUCACCCAGUCCAGAGCUAUCCACAGCAUAGCCAUCAGUUGGCAGCCCCUCUGAAUCAGGAGGGCUUCCGCCAGGGCUCCAGCCUUCUUCCUUCUCACCAACCUAGCUUCAUGGAGCCACAGCAGGGCACAAUGGGGUCAUCAACAUCAGGCUUUGGUGUAAUGCAACCCCGGCCACCCCUGGAGCCCAGCCCUGCUGGCCGCCAUCGCGGGGUUCGUGCUGGGCAGCAGCAGUUGGCCUAUGCCAGGGCCACUAGCCAGGCCAUGGUUACAUCAGCCAGCCAGGAGAUAGCAGAGGCUGUGCCCAAAGGUGCAAUGGGCACUAUGGUGUCACUACCCCCUCAACCACUUCCACAGGACACAGGUGGAGCACAGGACCACAACACGCUCUACUACUAUGGCCAGAUCCACAUGUACGAACAGAAUGGAGGCCUGGAGAGCCAUGGGAGCUGCCCAGCCAUGCGGCCUCAGCCACCACAGCCACAGACCUGCAUGGACAACGUUCAGCCCCAGCCCUUGCCCUCCCCAGGGGUCAACCAGGUGUCCAGCACUGUGGACUCCCAGCUCCUGGAGGCCCCCCAGAUUGACUUCGAUGCCAUCAUGGAUGAUGGUGAUCACUCAAGCUUGUUCUCGGGGGCCUUGAGUCCCAGCCUCCUUCACAGCCUCUCCCAGAACUCCUCGCGCCUCACUACCCCUCGGAAUUCCUUGACCCUGCCCUCCGUCCCAACAGGCAUGAGUAACAUGGCUGUCGGGGACAUGAGCUCCAUGCUCACCAGUCUGGCCGAGGAGAGCAAGUUCCUGAACCUGAUGACCUGA